AUGACAAUGGUACUAAGUCGAUCGUAUUUGAUAUUUAUAGUUUUGACUUCUCUAUUAGAAAUUAGCUUUAUGUUAAAAUGUUACGAUGAUAAUAGUUAUAAUAUUUCUGAUAAUCAAUAUCGUCCCCUGUUGAUAGACAAUUGUCAUUCGUGCAUGAUUUUUAUUGGACUAUUAUCAAUAACAACAACAAUAACAACAACAACAACUUUAUCAAUGACUGAAAAAGAAUCGAUAGUUUCUAUUGACGACGAUGAUCUUGACUAUUAUCGUAAUAAACGUUUCGUUGACUAUGUUAAUGAAAAUGUUCAUAUUUCUAAACGAAUAACACUCUAUCCAUUUUCAUCUAUUACACGAAGUAAUCAACAACAGCAGCAACACCGUUAUAUAUCGACUCGACGUUGUAUUAAAGAAGAAGAAUCACCCAUAUACGGUUAUGAUGAUAAAAAUUGCUUUUGUAAUACGGAUUAUUGUAAUACAAAUAUUGAACGUUGUAAACUUGAAAUAUCAUUCAAACCAAUGUUUCCGUGUUAUGAUGGUCUUACUAAUUCAUUGAAAAUACGUCAAAAAUGUUGUAGUUGUCAAAUACGUGUAAUAAAAACGACGUAUUAUGGAUCUAAUUUACAAUAUCAAUGUUUGACAUUUGGACAAAUUGAUAUUGACAAUAACAACGAUAGUGAACAACAAAGUUGUACAUGUCAAAAAGCAAUGUGCAAUGAAGAUUUUCAAACGUGCAAUCAUCAACGUCAAAAUUAUUCUUUUAGAAAAAAUAAACGAGUCGAAAAUCUUACAACAUCCACAAUAUCUUAUUUUAUAUCUAAUCCAUUUUGGAAUCGUUGGACAUCCAUACGAGAAGAAAAUUAUAAGAAUAAACAGUAUGAAGAAAGUGCAUCAACAACGACUACGAUUGUUCCAGAUUGGCAAAGAACUACAACUACAACUUCUAUAACUAGUACAUCUACAUAUUCGUUGAUAGUCAAUACGACUAGUUUAAAUACACCUCUAGAGACAACAGAAAAUAUGACCGUAAUGGAGUACAUGCUAGAAUCAACACCAUCAGAUUUAUAUAAUGAGACCGAUGGCAAAUUGAUGAUAAUUAGUUUGGAAAAUAGUACAUCAGCGAUUAUUGAACAACAACAACCCAUUGUCGAGGAGAUAGUGGAAGCCACGACACAAACUGUUUGGACUACUCAACAAACACUUCAGGAUGAUCAAAUAGUUAUGGAUUAUACGAAUGAUACCGAUCAAAAUAUGGUAUUUGAAAAAUUCAAUGAUAAUAAUCUUCCAUAUGAUGAAUCGAUAGAAGAAGUUACAAUUAAUAACGAUUUAUUCUUAACUAAUACUAUCUCAAACUUGAAUUCUUCACAACAGCAUAACGUCGAAAUUCUCGAUCACAUUUUACCUAUCUUAUUCAAUACAACAACAGAUUAUUCGACGAUCAUUAAUUAUUCAAAUACCAGUGAUUCAUCAUUGACAACAUUCGUUUUUCGUACUUCUCAAACAUCUUCCACUGUAAAACAACUUAUUGAAAAUACAUUUGUAUCUGUUCUACUUAAAAAUUUUACUCAAAAUUUUGAAAAUAGACUCGAAUCUCUCAAUAACAACAAAAGUUCAAUAUCUUCAAAUGACGUAAUGCAAUUAAAAGGCCGUUAUAGUUCAGGUUAUAUGAAAAUUUGUAGUCAUUUACUUUUGUUUUGGUGUGUUUUUAUCUUUCUUCUCGUUUAA